AUGCCCGGCUUCACAGAUUCGUUCUGGUCCACGGACUAUGCAGGAGGUCUGGGGGUGCUCUUUCAGAAGCUUCAGCAGGGCGUGGUAGAGAACCAACAGGUGCUCACAAUUGCGAGCAUGAGGGCAGAUGCGGAAGAAAUGUACAGCGACCGUCUCGGAGAUAUCGCACCGGCCAUUGAUCGAAUGACUGGCGGGUUUGCAAGAGAUGAUGGCGCAAGUACGAGAAAGGCUUACGAAGGCGUCCGAGGCGAGAUGGUCGAAGCCUCCAAAAACCAUCGAAAAAUCGCUGACAAUAUCCGCGAACUCGUGGUCAACCCCUUCUCGAGAUGGUGUGAUUCGCACGCUGCACGGAUACAGAAUUCGCAGGACGACCUGCAGGCUAAGAUCAAGGCGCAUGACAAGCAAGCAGAAGUGGUCAAGAAGCUAAGAAGCCAGUACUUCAAUAAAUGCAGAUUGGUCGAGGAUCUCGAGGAGGAGAAUAAGAUGGCAUUUGCCGGGCCAGCGAAGGAGAGUCCCAAGCCACAAAGCCCGCCACCGCCAAAGAUUGUCCUUCCAGAGGAUGAAAUCGACGAGUUACCUGUCGAGAUCGGAGACGUCACAUAUCCGCCUGAAAAGCUGAAAGUGCUCCUUACCGACAUGCUCGAGAAGAUUCCCCUGGGUGAACACAAGGUUCCGAUAUUGGGUGUAUAUCAAAAUGUGUCCGCUGGUACGGAUAUUACCGAUUACAUCCAGAAACACAUGAACGCGUCGAGUGUCGGGUACGCAGAGAAGAUUGGACAAGAUUUGAUUGAUCGCGGAUUCUUGCGCCUGAUAGGAAACAUGGGCAAUACAUUCGCCAAUAGUUCACGAAUGAAAUAUCAGUGGAAGCCGCGGGCGUUCCAGCUGACCGGUGUGCCAGAGAAGAGAAAGCCAUUGAGCAGAUCGACUACCGGCGCGUCGGCAGAUGGAAUCUUGGAGUCGCCAACAGUCGGAAACAUCACCGAGACCCUGCAGAGUUGGAACCCUUUGAACAACCCAUUCCCCAACGAGACGCCGGCGGAGCGGCUGAAGCGUGAGGCCCACGAGGCAGACGAGAAAUACAAGGGAGCCGUUCGGAGACUUGAUCUGCUGAGAUGCAACCUUGAAGAAUCGAUGAUGGACCAUCUCAAAUUCCUCGAGCGAUGCGAGACAGAUCGUCUGAAGGCCAUCAAGUCCGUGAUCCUGGACUUUUCGGGUGCUAUCAGCAACAGCAUCCCAUCUUUCCAGAGCCAGGUUGAUCAUAUGAUGCUGUACCAGGAAACCAUCCAGCCACUGGGAGACUUGCGAUAUCUGCUCGAGAACUACAGGACAGGUGCAUUCAUCCCCAAAGUCACGCCUUACGAAAACUAUUACGGAAGUGUGGAUGAUCAGACUUUCGGUGUUGACCUGGAGGCGAGAGCAAGAGCGGAUCGCAAACGAGUACCCAUCAUUGUCACUUCUAUACUAACAUUCCUCGAUAACCAUUACCCUGACCUAGAGGGAGACGAAGCCAGGCGGAAUAUCUGGCUUGUGGAUGUCCCAUUGGCAGCGACUCAUCACCUACGAAACCAGGUCAAUAAUGGUGCUCCAGUGCCUCGCGAGGUUCUUGAGAAAUAUGAGAUGCCCAUCAUUGCGAGUUUGCUGAAGUUGUAUCUUCUUGAGUUACCAGAUUCGCUCGUCUCUUCUCAGGUGUACGAAAUCAUCAAGACGAUCUACGCAACGACAUCCGACGCAAUCCCAAACCCCAUCUCCACCGAGUCAGUUGACGCCUUGCCGAGAAUUAAGGUCUUGCAAUCUACUCUUGGCCAGCUUCGCCUCAAUAAUAUUGCUACUCUCGACGCCAUAACCACACAUUUCACCCGUCUGAUUGACCUGACCUCAGCGGACGAAGCCUAUGUUUCGGCACUUGCCACUGUCCUAGCCCCAUGUAUAUUACGCCCCCGGACCGAGAACUCCUUGACCCUGGAAGAGCGGCAUGCGUAUCGUCUGAUCCGUGACCUGUUCGACCAUAAAGAAGCCAUCUUCGGUGAGCUCAAGCGGCAGUCGUCCACGCUGUCAGGGUCAAACAGUCUAUCCCACCGUCAACGUGCCGUCAGCACUACAGAUGAAAGCUCUCGACGAGCGAAUAUGGAGGCUCGCGCACGGGCCAUCACGGAACAGAGAGGGCAAAGGCAACGAGAAAAGUCGCCCGCGCCCACGAACCGACACAGGCGAGAUAAGAGCACGGAUGGGAGCGUGGGUCGGUUCCCCGUCGUGGCGAGCCCCAGACCCGAUGGGAGUCAUGGACGAAGCGUAAGCAGUGUGGGCUUGCCGUCUGCUACGAAACGAGGCAGUCUCGAAGUUCCUGGAAGCAACGAGUCCUCGCCAAUUCAGACACGGAAUCAGAACGCAGUAGAGAGGAACGCAGCUACUCCGCCAACGGCACGAAACCUUGAGGGUCUGGUUUCAAGUACAGUCACCACCAACGGCCAAGGCCUCGGCCACGAGCAUAUGCUUUCUUCACCAGAUUCGAUCACAAGCGCGAGCCUGAAUCUACCUGGCACAUUCAGCGGAGGAGGGCCGGGCCCGCACAUUCCACCACCCCUAGACGAUGAUGAUCAUGAUCAGGAAUCCGACACCUCCCCAGUUCCUGCACCUACAGGCUCAAAUGCUGGAUCGCGGCCGGGAUCGCUCAAGAGAGUCGCAGUGACCGGCGACCGCAAGCCAGUCGGUGUGUCGAGAUCAGCGGUUUCAGGGAGCCUGAGCAGACGACUCGGCAACUCGGGGGUUGGUAGUGGUGACGUGAACGAGGAUGCAGGCUCAACCCAUCCUGCAGCCAGCGGCCAGGCGCACGGCGUCCAGCUUGUCGACAAGGCUAUGGAUGACUUCUCCUAA